CUGCUCUUCGUUUCGUUCCAACCAACCCAGUCCCACCUGACCUGCGCGCCGAAAUUCCGACUGCCACAAUAUCACACUCAAUGGAUCCCCGCUUUUAGCACGUCGGCUUUUGGGGUAUCCGUGUUUAGCACAUGGCCAUCAAGGCCCCCCCUGCCUCGUGUCCGUGACACACCCCCCCUGCGCGCGCCCGGCCGCGAUGAUAAUCCGCGUGACGUGCGAGUCGGAGAGGGGGGCGCGCAGUGCGCGCAAUGGGCGCUGGUGGAGCUGCAAGGCGAGCUGCGCGCCGACCUGCCCGCGCUCGCCGCCGCGCUGCCCUCCGCGCUGCCAGGCAGUGGGUGCGCGGGGGGAGAGGCGAGGGGCGGCCACAGCGGGUCCGCGAGUGGCAGCGGGGAAGGCGGUGAAGGUGAUUGUGACGUGGGGCGCGCAUGGGGGGCGGGGGCCACUCCGAUCGGCACGCUGACCUGCCCGCAACAGGGGGCCAGGGCGCGGUGCGUUUGACGGUGGGGCACCACCGGAUGGAGGGCGCCAUGGCAGUGCUGCCCAAGCCGCUGGUGCUGCUGAGGAAGGCACGCGCGCUGCUGCCAGGCGUGGAGCACAGGGAGGCAGCAGCGCAGGCAGAGAGGGGCGCGAGAGGCGAGGGGGGUGGAGUGGAGGGGAAGGAUGGGGAGGGGAAGGAUGGGGAGGGUGGGGGGCUGGACGCCAGGAGCGGGGGGGAUGGCAUUGGUGUGGGUGCAGCACGGCACAGCGGCAGUGGAAUGGCAGUGGAGGGGGAGGCGAGUGUGAGGUACAGGGUGGAGGGGGUGAUUCGGCACAAGCUCAUCUUCAAGACGCGCCCCAAACUAGUGCUCUCUAACGCCCAGUAGGGCCGAGUCGAUGGGUGAAGGGUGCACAGCACCAGACGGGUUGUCAAAGCAACAGGAUUCAUUGAAACACGGCUCCA